AUGUCAGUCGAAGUUGAUGGAUUUAACGCCUCCCCAUUAUUCAAAGAAUUAAACGAAGGUUUAGCAGACAAAUCAAAAGCCCAAGAAGCUGUUAAAGCUGUCAAUGCCAUCAUUGUCAUUACUUUAAAGAACAAAGAAGGUAAAGAACAAAGUUGGGUUUUGGACUUGAAGAAAGAUGGUACUUUGGCCAAAGUUGAUGGUGCUGCUCCAAAAGGUGAUGUUCAAUUGAUCUUGAAAGAUGUCGAUUUUGUUAAAUUGGCCAACAACAAAGUUAACGGUCAAAAAUUGUUCAUGAAUGGUAAAUUGAAGGUUAAAGGUAACAUGAUGAAGGCUACUGCUAUUGAAGCUGUUUUCAAGAAAUUGGACCCAAGACCAAAAUUAUAA